UUGUUUUCGUCGUUUCACCCGCCUCGCAUCGCAUCGCUUCGUUCGUAUGUUCUCUCUCAUCGUUUUUCGCUUCUGUUCGUCUGCGGUGGUCGUGUGUGUGCUGUGAUGUGCUGUGUGUGAACAAACGGGAAGCAUAAGCCGCAGCAAGGAAGGAAGCCUCAAAAAGGAAAAUCCAAUUCCUGGAAACCUAAUCAAAUGAGCAUUUCUCAGCGUUAGCUGCUAGAAUUCAUAAUUCAGAAUAAAAGCAGCAAAAAUGCCUACGAUCUAAUCGCGUUUUUUUGUGUGAAUAGUUCUAGAGUUUUGAUAGUGCGUCCCCUAGCCCCGUGUGCGAGUGUGUGUGUGUGUUAGUUUUGUGUGUCGCCGUCGACGUCGCAGCCGCCACCACGCCUACACGCUCGAGAAUGGCUGCCACGGUCUACCAUCGCCUACACAGCGUCGCCGUCGGCAGCCCCAGCACCAGCUCCACUUCCUACUCCUCGUCCGCCUCGCCGGGCGCUUCCUCCUCAUCGUCGGCGCUGCUUAGUCACUCGCAGCUGACGCGCUCCCUGGAGCGCAUCCUGGAGGAGGCGCACUUCAGCGGGGAGCUAAUCCUCACCAAUCGCAAGCUAAAGGACUUUCCCAAGACGGGCACCAAGUACGCACUCACGGAUACGGUAAUUGCAGAUCUAUCCCGAAAUAGAUUCUGUGAACUGCCGGAGGAGGUGACAACGUUCGCCUUUCUGGAGACGCUGCUGCUUUACCACAACACGAUCCGCAGCAUACCGGAGUCGGUAAAGCAGUUGUCAUCGCUGACGUAUUUGGAUUUGCGCAGCAAUCAGCUGUCCACGCUGCCGCGCGAGAUCUGCUUUUUGCCGCUGCAAGUGCUGCUGGUGUCCAACAAUCGACUGGUCACACUGCCCGAUGAACUGGGGCGACUCGAUCAGACCCUCACCGAUUUGGAUGCGUCCUACAAUCAACUGUCAGCACUGCCCGCACGCCUGGGAGAGCUGCGUACACUUCGUUCGCUAUCGCUGCGCAGCAAUCAGCUGAUGUAUCUGCCGCGGGAGCUAACCUGCCUCAGCCUGGUGUCGCUGGAUGUGAGCAACAAUCGAAUAGCCAGCCUGCCGCUGGAAAUACGCCACAUGUGCACGCUGGUGGAGUUGCAACUGGAAAACAACCCGCUGACCGCACCGCCAGCUAGCCUCUGCAUGCGUGGGCUGGUGCACGUGUUUAAAUUUCUGGAAACGCAAGCCACCAAAGACGAGAAAGGCUCACGUACGGGUGGAAACUAUGAUGGCUACACCACGCUGCGACGUGCACCGCGUCACAAUUCCAGUGGCAAUGUGCUGGAGGCCAGCACCAAUAGCAGCAGCAAUCAGCGACGGCAUCAGAUCGACUCGGGCUACAACACCAGCGAUGGCCUGGACAAGCGCUGGUCGCACGACAAUCCGCCCAAGUCCAAGACAGACUCGCCGCUGCACUGCUCGUUGGCUGCCACGUUGCCAAGGGCUGUGGCACCCAGCGCCAUACACAUGCACGCGGAUCUAAUGGACGCUUCGCUCACCUCCAGCACCAGCACGAUUGUGGAUGAGAGCCUCACGCUGAGUCCCACAAAUUCGCCCUGCAAGCUCAGCUAUGCGCACUCGAACAGCUCAAGCAAUAGCUCGUCGCCGGAUCAGGAUGAGGAUCUCAUGAUGGAUCAGGACCCACAGGAACGCGCGCUGCAUGCCAGCAAUGGCAAGACCAACAAGAGCUUGAGCAACAUUCAGACAUACAAAGAAUACAAGGAAGCGCUGAAGCAGCAGCGCAAUCAGGAGGCCAGCGUCUACAAACAGAAGCAUCCGAAUGCCAGUCAUAGUCCCAAUGAUUAUGAGGAGGAUCAAACGCCAACAGCAACCAAUAGCCAACCAACAGCUGCCCUGACCAAUGGUGCUGGCUGCAACACACUGCCAAAGUCCAUCAUGAAACAAUCGAGUCUAAAUGGUCACAACGGCAAUGGAAAUGGCAAUGGAGUCGAUGAUGUUAUUAUACCAAAGAAACCCAUACAAAAGGUGAUACCCUCGCGUAAUACAGAGAUUAAGUCUGCAAACGCCACAGGCAAUGCCACUGCCGGUGCCAGCUCCGAUUGUUUGGGCUAUGUGAAGCCGCAGAGUCCCAUGAAGAAUGGCACCAACAAGUUCAAUACGUCCAAUGGUGGUGGUGGGGCAACAUCUUCAUCAGUUACCACCACCACCACGAGUGUCAUAAUCAAAUCCCCCGUAAGCAGCACCACCAAGCUGGGCACCGUGAAGACUCAUCGUUCGGUGACAUGGAAUCAUGAUAUACCCGCGGAGAAGCUGAGCUUCACGAUGCGUCGCGAGUUUGAUCGACAGCGUGAGGAAACUGAAUUGAUGUCGCAACUAAGAAGUAUCAUUGAAACUCGUCUAAAGAUGACCCUGCCCGUGGACAUAGCAUCGGCAUUGACCGAUGGCGUUAUUCUAUGUCAUUUAGCAAACUAUGUGCGUCCGCGAUCAGUGGCCAGUAUUCAUGUGCCGUCGCCUGGUGUGAACAAGCUGACAAUGGCUAGAUGUCGGCGGAAUGUGGAUAACUUCUUGGAGGCAUGUCGUCGCAUUGGCGUGGAUGAGGAGUUGAUUUGCUCCUGUGAAGAUGUUGUGCCACAAAUUGAACAACAACAAUUGCCACGCGCUGACGAUGACUAUGAUGCUGAUGUGUAUGUCAACAGCAGCAGCAGCAGCAACCACAACAACAACAGCAGCUAUAACAACGAACAAAAGAACGAUCAUGAUGAUGAUGAUGAUGAUGAUGAUGCUAACGAUGAUGCUGCUUAUGCUGGCCGUGUGCCAAAUGCAUUAGCCCUACUGCACACAGUGUCCGCUCUGAUUGCCUUGGAUGCAAAUCCACAUCAUCAGCAGCACAUACAGCAAGAGCUGCACCAAAGACUGCAACAGUUGCAGCACGAGCACGAGCACUUUGAGCACGAGCAAGAGCAAUUAACUGAGACAACCUGCAGCCAACAGCAAGAACAGAUAUUGCAGCAACAACAGCAACAGCUAGACCAUGUUUUAUAUGAGAAUUGUGAGCUUAUCAAUGGCAAAGAGGCUCAAGCCAAGGCUAGCGAUGAUGUGGGUAGCCAUCAAGUGGCCAGGCAGCAGCAGCAGCAUCUAUCGGCAGUGGGGCAAAUGCUGCGCACGGCCAAGCAAAAGACCUACGAGAAGAUCAAACAGAAUCUGCUCAGUGCACACGGGCAGCACAGUUUCCAGAGCGGCAGCAGCAGCAGCAGCAACAAUAACAAUCAUCGCACAUUGCACACCAUAGUGGAGAGCGAGCAUGAUGUGGCCACCGCUGGACCGGCUGGUCACUAUCAACUCAUCGAUGAGAAGCAAAAGCAGCAGCAACACUCCGAGGAGUCCAAGCAACAGGCAGCAGCAGUCCUAGUUCCCGUCUCCGCUGCCGCAGCCAAAGAAGCCAUCAGCAAGCGCAUAGAAUUCUUCGAACAGCAGCGAAAUGGCAAGCCCCCCGUGGAGGUCUUCAGCAUCUAUCGCAUUGCAGAGGACAAACAGCAGCAGGAGCAGCAGCUACAGAAACUAAAGUCCAAGGACAAUGAAGCUGGAAUUUCGUUGCUCAAACAUGAUUCGCACACCCUCACUGUGCUGUUGUCAUGCGUUUUUAUAGCCACUUUCCUGUGGCUAAAUCUCAUAUGCUGCGCUGCCGAUGUGCUGGAGGGCAAAGGUGCUGUCCAGGUGGCCAUUACGGUCGGCGAACUUUUUCGGCUGCAUGGCUGCGGGGCCGUUUGUGCAGCUAGCGGCGGCGGUGGCAGUGGCAACAACAGUGGAGCAGCGACACCAACCAAAUCGCCAACCAGGAUGACGCGGGGCAACAUGUCGCCAACGCCGAUGGCCUAAAGGGAUGCCACAACGAAGGAGAGGAAUUGCGGAGGAUCAUCUGCUCUUGGAUAGCUGAUAAAAAGGGUUUCCCAAUGGCCGCCAUAAACAUAAUUUUAGAACACACACACACUUAAUUCAUGCACACAUUAUAUCGCACUAGCGUGUGUGCUAAUCUGUUGAUAUUUCUCGCGCUCUCUCUCACUUAUUUUUCUAGGUUUGUAGUUUAUUUAUGUACAUACACAACAAGGAAACACUCACGGAAAACAAAACAAAGAACACCAAAAACGACAAAGAAAAAAAGCAAACAAAACAAAAAAAAACACAAACCAAAACAUAUUUUUAAUGAAUUUUAAUAUGUUUUGGAAAUUUCUAAAAGUCACAAAAACGUUAUUUAAUUCGAAUUUCCGUUUUGUUGUUUUUGAGCGCACCAUAUAGGCUUACGUCUAGCAAGCACGAAAGUGUGUUAUAAACUGUUAUAAUUUCGUUGUCAUACCACUUACAUACAUUAACGAAUGUCUUGGCCAAAAUUUCGACUAGCGUUUGAAUAGCAUGAAUACUGAAUAUUGAAUACUGUUUUAAGUAUAUCCCCCACACACACACACAUAUGAAUAAACAUCCAAAUAUAUAGUUAGAUAUAUGAAUCUGUCAUAUACAUACACAUAUAGGAAACUAAUCUUAUGGCAUAUUUAUUAUGUAGCUUAGCUGUAGUCGAUCUACGUUUAACUGUGGUACAACUUUUCUACCAGCUCUGCAUCAUUUAUACGAAUCGAAUUGUAUCAGCAGACACAUAAGUCGUCGAUUAUAUCCAUUCAAAUUCAUUAUACAAAUAUCAAAUAAAGAACAACUGAAAAAGUGUCAUACGUUUC